GCGUUUUUUAUUUGUCGUCGGUCUGCGGCAUAGAACGCCGCCUAAGAUACACGCGCAUAUCUCUGUAUCUCAUAGAUACAUUGGCAGUUACCACAAAGCGAGACGUGCGCGUCGCUGCAAGUCGCUUGAGCUGCGCACGCGCGUCUUCAACUCGAAGUGUCAAAAUCCCAAGAGGCUCAUAAAAACAAGUUGCCCUUCUGUUUGUGUGUGUGCGUGUGUGUGGCGCCAAGUACGGGCGCAUAAAUAUGAAAAAUCCAAAUACAAAUAUCAUGGAAUGCAGCAAUGGCUUAAACAACAACAACAACAACAGCAACAACAACAGCAAGAGCAGCAACAACAACAACAACGGCAGCAGCCUCACAGCGUCCAAUAUCAACGGAAACGGAAAUGGCAAUGUUAGUGAGCUGCAGCUGCGCCCUCUAUCGGCCAAAACAGCGCUAACAACAUGUGCAACAUCAGCAACAGUCCAGCCCAACAACAGCAGCAACAACAACAAAUUGUGCGGCUCCGGCAUGUCGCCGCACUCUCCACCCCCGCAGCACCAACUUCAGCAGCAGCAGCCCACAAACAUGGCCACAAAUGGCCAUCAGUCGUAUCCGGCGAUAACGGCAACGUAUUGGCUGCCGCCACCAAAUCCGGCGCCAUAUUUAGUUCCAGAGCGCAAACUUUUUGUUGGCAUGCUGAAUAAAAAAUUUACGGAAGCCGAUGUGCGGCAACUUUUCACGGGCCACGGCACCAUCGAGGAGUGCACCGUGCUCCGGGAUCAGGUGGGCCAAAGCAAGGGCUGCGCCUUCGUAACAUUCGCAACCAAACAGAAUGCCAUUGGGGCGAUCAAGGCCCUGCAUCAGAGCCAAACCAUGGAGGGCUGUUCGGCGCCGCUGGUCGUUAAGUUCGCAGAUACGCAAAAGGAGAAGGACCAAAAGAAAAUGCAGCAGCUGCAGGCCAUAUGCGGCAUCAGUGCACUCACCCAAACGCCCAGUGGGGCUGCAGCUGCUGCUGCCACGCCCACGGCGAACACGGCAACUGCGCUGAUUGCCGCAGCGCCGGCAGCGCAGCGCACGAAUCCAUCAAUGGCAGCCGCAUUGGCCGGUGUGCCGCCAGUGCAACAAGCCGGAGCAGCCGGACAAACGGCCACACUGGUCACGGUGCCCACAUCGGCGGCGCUGAGCGCCUCAUUGGCGCCGGCCUUGCUCGGCAGCAGUCCGCAUCAUGCACAGACGCCAGGCGCCGCAGCAGCUGCGGCAGCAGCUGCCUAUCACCUGAGUGCAGAUCCGACGGGCGGGCUGGGACCAGCAUCGGCUGCCCACCUGCAGCUGUAUCAGCAUAUGCAGGCCUAUGCUCUGCAUCCGGCACACUAUCUGCAAGGACUAAAUUUCCACCCACCGGAUAACAGUGCCCACCACGGCCAACACGGCCCAUCAUCCGGCGCUGCCGGCAGCGCAGCAGCAACUCUAUCGGCUGCCAACGCUGCAGCAGCAGCAGCAGCAGCUGUCGCCGGGUCAGCAGCAGCAGCAGCAGCAGCAGCAUCAGCUCCACCAUCAUCAUCAUCUCUCCCACUUGGCGUCGCAUCAUCCGCAGCCGCAUCCGGCUACGGCGGCGGCGGCGGCAGCAGCGGCGGCGGGCUCACUGCCGCCGGGCAUGCUGCUGGCGCUGGACUGCUCGCCAGUGCACCCAUGUCUAUGCAGAAUCUGGUAACACUAUUUAACGCAUCACAGCAGCAGCAGCAGCAGCAGCACAGUGGCAGCAGCGUCAGCAGCCUCAGUCACAGCCACCGCCUUCACAGUAGCCACAACAGCAACAUCAGCAACAUCAGCAACAUCAGCAGCAUCAGCAGCAGCAACAGUCACAUCCCCAAUAGCAACAAUAACAGCAUCAAUAGCCAUCAACGCCAGCUCACCGCCAGCUAUGCGCCCAGCGCUGGACAAUUGGUCACGCAUGCGCAGCACAGCCUAAACUUAGCUCAGCUAAUGGGCGUGGCACCGCCACCGCCGCCAGCGAGCGCCAGCCAAACGCUCACGCUGAGUGCGCUUUGGCCCGCCAACGCCGCAGAUCCCUACGGCACCAGCACACUAAGCGGCCUGACCAACGGCGCCAGCGCCGCGGCUUAUGGAGCCGCUCAGUCGUUGAAUGCCAGCGCCUUGCAGGCAGCCGCCGCGGGCGUGGCAGGCAAACAGAUCGAGGGUCCCGAUGGCAGCAAUCUGUUUAUCUAUCAUCUACCUCAGGAAUUCAUAGAUACCGAUCUCGCCUCGACAUUUUUGCCCUUUGGCAAUGUGCUAUCGGCCAAAGUGUUUAUCGAUAAGCAAACAAAUCUAUCGAAAUGCUUCGGCUUCGUCUCCUACGACAAUCCGCAUUCGGCAAAUGCGGCCAUACAGGCCAUGCAUGGCUUUCAGAUUGGCACAAAGCGCUUGAAGGUGCAGCUAAAGCGGCCCAAGGAUACGGGCAAACCCUACUAAACAACAGCAAGGGGGCGUGGCUAACAUACACACACACACAGACACACACACACACACCGAUACACAAAUAGAAAUAGUUUAGUUCCAUAUUGUGCCUUUUAGCGUGAAAGUUUUGAAACCAAAGGACCAAUUAUCAAAUGUAUCUUCUAAUGUUAAGAAAAAAAAAAAAAUCACCAAAUAUGCAAACGUGGGGCAAGAGUUGGGGGCACAAAUAAUGUUUUCGCUAGAUGCACAGACAAGAAGAAAAGUUAAAAACAAGCUAAUAAACAAAAACAAUGAAAAAAAAAAACACAUCCACACACAAAACCAACCAAAGAAGUAGCUUAAAAGUUGCAUCCGUGUUGUAAUCACUUUUGCUGAAAACAAUUUCUAGUGCAUUAUAUUCUUUAUCCAUGUGGUUGGCAAAAACAGAAAGGAAAACAAAACUAAACACGGGAAAAGUCAAAAAGGGGUGAAAACAAAAUAAACAACAAUACAAUGUUAACACAAAACUGAAGCUGCGUUGUGGCGCCAAAGUAUUUUCAAAGCCAAAUAGUUAAGCAACAAUGGAAAAUCAAACGAACAUUUUCAAUGAAAAAAGAAAACCUAAUAACACAUAAAGUAAAAUGAGAAAAUAUAUAAACAAAU